CAUGCGGGAUCGCGCAGACUCAAUCUCAGCUCGGAGCGCGACACUUAUAGUGAGGGUGGCUAUAUAAGUCCAUUCAGCAUCUACCCUUUAAGUAACUAUAUACUUGUUUCUUCAAAGAAGUGAAGGAGGGCGGCAUCUCGCCAACUACCUGGCAACCUACAAGGCUGUACUGGACCUCCUCUGAAGACUGAAGAUUCCUGUUGAUAUCCUGACAUGAAGCUCAAUCUACUUGGUACCACCGUGAUUCUGCUAGUUGCCUUCUUACCGCGCUACGAAUGUCGGGCUAUUGAGAGCCCUGGCGGUACCCUGCGCGUCCCAGUCCCCCAAAUCCAAAACUCCCAGCAGCAACAGCAGUCUGGUCCCAUCCUGGAGCGGCUCGGUGAGGAGUAUUUCAUCCGACUCGGCAACGGGGACUCUAACUCUUUCCCAUCAUCGUCCAUGUAUCCCGGCGGGUCACCUGCCAUCUACAACAGAGCUCUUCAACUCCAGCUGACGCGGCGCCUUUUACAGGGGAAAGUUGGAAACAUCAGGGCGCUCAUAAGCGGCUUCGGAGACCGCGGAGACGACUCGAUGGAGAGGGGAAGGAGAUCCGAGGACCCGCCGAUAUCCCUGGAUCUGACCUUCCACCUGCUCCGGGAGAUGAUGGAGAUGUCCAGGGCGGAACAGCUGGCCCAGCAGGCGCAAAAUAACAGAAGAAUGAUGGAGCUCUUCGGGAAAUGAAGACCUCUUUCCAGUCCGCCAAAGAUCUCCCUUCCUUUUCUUUUUCUCUCUCUUUCUCUUUUUCAUUUUCACCAUCAGCACAAAACAUGCUCUGUACAAUAUAGUGCUGCUUUAUCACUCUAUUGUUUAUAGCUUUAACCUCAAACUAUGGAGCAUUACGCGGGCUUGACUUAUAAUGAGCCGAUUGUACCUUGCAAUUUUAAUGUUGGUGUCAGAUCUGUAGAGUUGCGCAGUUCUUCAUAUUUGAGAUGAAACACUUUUUGGUUGAGUCAUGAAAUGCAUUGACAAAAACUGCCAUUUUGUUUUAGAUUAUGAAAUCACUGUAUUUAUGGUAUUUAUGUUUGUUAAUAAACUUAUGUGCAACCAGUCA